CCCCAUUUGUCGACGAUUCUUGUCGAUGUCUUCCUUAUUAUAUCUUUCUGUUUCCCGAAUUGGUCGCUACUUCUUCACUUUGUAGUUCCAAGUUUCGGUGACGGGUUCCAUCCAGCAAAGAAAUUCUGCAUCUUCCAAUGGCUGCCACCAAGUUUAACAAGAAGAAGAGUGUGAAACGGGACGACCCUCCAUCGAAAAGGAAGAAGAAGGACGAGCUUUUCACUCCUAAGCGUUCUAAGGAGGAAGAGGAUGAUUCUGACCUUUCUGAUGCUCUGGAUGAGGAAGAAGUAGAUAAUGGACUGAUUGAUAGUGAUGAAGAAGGAUCUGGGUCUGGUUCUGAAGAUUCUUCGGAUGGUGAUGACCCUUUGGCUCAUGAUUUUCUCCAAGGAAGUGACGAAGAUGAAGAGAAUGAUUCAGGCUCGGUUUCAAGUUCUGAUUCUGAUGAAACUGACAUCGAAGACAAGUCGAGAAUCAUCGAUGAGAAAAGGGCGAGGGAAGAAAAGGAUGCCGCUGAUGAAAUGCAGCUCAAUAUUAAAGAUGAGUCCGAUGAGUUCAGAUUACCGACCAAGGAGGAACUUGAAGAAGAGUCACUUAGACCUCCUGACCUUUCAAAUUUACAAAGGCGGAUAAGAGAGAUUGUUCGAGUUCUUUCAAAUUUCAAGGCUUUGAGGCAAGAGGGGGCAACCCGCAAGGACUAUGUUGAACAACUUAAGAAAGAUAUUGGCUCAUACUAUGGGUAUAAUGAGUUUCUUAUUGGGGUGCUGGUUGAGAUGUUUCCAGUAGUUGAGCUAAUGGAACUUAUUGAAGCUUUUGAAAAGCCUAGACCAAUAUGUUUGCGGACUAACACUUUAAAGACAAGAAGGCGAGAUUUGGCUGAUGUUCUGAUUAACAGAGGUGUGAACUUAGAUCCUUUGAGCAAGUGGUCAAAGGUUGGACUUGUUGUAUAUGAUUCCCAAGUUCCAAUUGGAGCGACUCCUGAAUAUAUGGCUGGUUUUUACAUGCUACAAGGUGCAAGCUCCUUUCUGCCUGUGAUGGCCCUUGCUCCUCAAGAAAAAGAACGAAUUGUUGACAUGGCGGCAGCACCUGGUGGUAAAACUACUUACAUAGCGGCACUCAUGAAAAAUAGUGGGAUAAUAUUUGCAAAUGAAAUUAAAGCACAAAGAUUGAAGUCACUUACUGCAAAUUUACAUCGGAUGGGAGUGACAAAUACUGUUGUAUGCAAUUAUGAUGGGAAAGAGCUCCCAAAAGUAUUGGGCAUGAAUACAGCUGAUAGAGUUCUAUUAGAUGCCCCUUGCAGUGGAUCUGGAGUUGUAUCCAAGGAUGAAUCUGUUAAAACCUCAAAAAGCUUAGAGGAAAUCCAGAAGUGCGCUGAGUUGCAGAAGCAACUUAUACUCGCUGCAAUUGACAUGGUUGAUUCAAAUUCAAAAUCUGGGGGAUAUGUUGUUUACUCCACAUGCUCCAUAAUGGUUGAUGAGAAUGAAGCAAUUGUUGACUAUGCACUUAGAAAGAGGGACGUGAAGCUUGUGCCAUGUGGCCUUGAUUUUGGACGUCCUGGGUUUAUCCGGUUCAGGGAAAAACGUUUCCACCCAUCUUUAGAAAAGACAAGACGUUUCUACCCUCAUGUACACAACAUGGAUGGUUUUUUUGUUGCAAAGUUGAAAAAAAUGAGCAACAAGAUUCCAUCUGCAAAAUCUUCAGAAUCAUUGGACGAGGUUGUGGAAGAAGAUAAUGACACAAAGAAAGGUGGAAAUGAGAAGAACGACGGUGAAUGUCUUCACCCGCAAUUAAAUGACGGUGAAAAGGGGAAGAAGGGUUCACAAAAUCACGCGGUUGGCAAUGGCAAAGAAUCCAAGCCCUCCGUGGAGCGGAGGCAGAAGAGAAAAUUUCCUUCAAGAGAGGAAAUUUCAAGAGCUAGGGAGGAAAAACGACAAGCUUUGAGGGUAAAGAAACAUGGGAGCAAGAAAGGGUAAAACCCAAAAUCUAAUCACUUGAGGUAUCUUAAGGAUGGACUAGUCGAUAUAGGAGGUAUAUUUCUGUUAGAGUAAAAUCUAAUGAUGUUUAUUGAGCACCUGAAAGCCUUGCUCAAGUGUGGAAAGAAAAUACAGUUCUUGUAUGAAAUGUCCAAUUUUGUUAGCUAAAGAUUCAUGUAGGAGGAUCUGAUCACACAUUUGCUUAAUUUAUAUUUUUAUGAUGAAUUGUUUUUUACGACC